UGUUGUUGUGAUCUAGACAGUGACAAGGGACUACAGUUUACAACACAGACUAUUAUAGCCACUAGUGGACAGAUUAGAGACCGAUAAGAUAGUAAGAUAAUAGAAUUAGAUAGCGAAUUUGACGAGUGACGGCACAUGACCAUUUAAGGGAAGCUCGAUCUCGACGCUCGAACCUGUCAACAGAGGCUCUAACAAGUUAAGCGUCGUUGUUUUCGUCGUCGUUUCGGUUUUGAUUUGCGAACGCGAUAUCGUUUGAACGGGUGAGAUGGCGUUGACCGGCUGCUAUGCGUUCAUGAAACACGUAGUUACCCUACUGAAUAUCCUGUAUCUGUCUUGUGGCCUAUUAUUAAUGCUGCUUGCAGUAUGGAUGUGGGUAGAUCCAACAUUUUCCCUAAGUAUGGUACAAGAUGAAGCCAGUUACUACACCGGUGUAUAUCUUAUUCUAUUUGUUGGAACAUUACUUCUGAUCGUCGGAUUUCUUGGUUGUGCAGCUGCAAUAAGUGAAUCUCAAUGUUCACUCGUUCUUUAUUUUUGCCUGUUACUUGCUGUACUUGUGGCCCAAAUAUCAGCUGCUGUGUGGAUGUAUGCAAAUAAUGAUAAGUUAGUAGAAUUAGUUCGAUAUACUGUUAAAACAACGGUUCAAUCAGAGUAUGGUUCAAUUGAAGGCCGUACAGAAACAUUUGAUGCUAUACAGAGUGGUUUUGAAUGUUGUGGUGCAUCAGGCCCGUCUGAUUGGGCUGGGAGCAAAUAUAAUAACCCACAGACAGAAAGUCUAGGACUUGCAAUAAGUUCUCCAGAACAAUCAUAUAAAAUUCCUGCUUCUUGUUGUAAAGGUGAUCCUAAACAAUGUUCAGAUGCUCAAACUGCUGUAGCUUCAGGACCAAUUUCUGAAUUUAUUUAUUCUGAGGGAUGCACUGAAAAAUUGUUGUAUACUUCACGAAAGAGUAUGAUUUUAUUCCUUGUAUUACUUGUGGCAAUUGGUUCAGUUGAGUUCUUUGGUUUAGUUCUGGCAUUAAUAUUGUGUUGUGCUAUAAGAGCAGUCAACACAUACAAAAAUUAAAUCCUGAUGUCAAUUUUCUAUAAACUUAUACAUAAAAGCUUUAAAUGUAUUCUAAAAAUAUAAUUUACUACUAAUUAUUAAUUAUCGUCAAUUUUAUUAGUUUGUCUAUUGUUAUUGCUUAAUGAUUCAGUGACUAACAUUUGAAUUAAAAUAAGUAAAUUGUUUAACUUUAUCCUACUCGGACAAUGUUAAAGCAACUAUACCCCUUAUGUGUGUUAUCCUUACAUCACUAUAUGCGCUCCAUCUUUAAGUGUUCAAAUUGAAUUUAACAUCUUCAUUUUCUAUUACAUUAGUGUGCAGACCAUUUUUUUACAUCACAAAAUAACGAUUUGUAAUAAAUAGAAAAAAAUCCUUUAUAUAUAUUAUAGAUCUACAAAUAUUUAUUUAAUGUAUCAAUUAAUUAAUAAUUAUAUGAUAGAAUUCAGUAUCAGCCUCUUAGAACCAUAAAAAUAUAUAAAGUCAAAUCAUUUUUUUUUUUUAUAUUUAUAUAUAUAACGUGUCAUAAUAUUUAAUAUCCUUUAAUAAUAACCCAUGACUGUUAUUAUUAUAAAGAUUUUUUUACAUGUGUGUUCUUGUGUUUUUUUUUUUAAUAUUAUUUAUUGUUAUUUUUUUUUAUAGAAAUUAGAUAUUUUAAUUUUACUUAUAAUACAUACGACAUAACAAACUAUUUAUAAAUAAUAUUAAAAUUGUUCUAUAAUUUAUAUUGUGCUUUAAAACUCUAAACAACAUACAUUGUAUAAUGACAACAUGCCAUCAUAGAUUUUAAGUGAGUCACUUUAGUCAUGUAAUUUUAAAAUUGAUUUAUUUUUGCUAAUUUGAGCUAAUAUUAGUUCCUAGUCUUUAUUGGUUAAUCUCUUAAUAUUGUCUGUAUCAAAAUUAUUGAUCUGUUAAUGAUAGUAGUAGUUCAAGUUGUUUUGAAACAUGUAACAAAAAUAUUUAACAAUUUAGAUUUAAUUACUUUAUUUAUUGAAAUUUAUUAUU